UGAUUUUAUGUCAUUGAUAGAUCAAUGAGCCAAGGGAUAAUUUUCGAUGGCAUUAGUCUAUGGGUAGUGGAACCAACUCUUCACAGUAUAAUCGUAUACAGCAUCGCGAUUCCUAUAAUCUCGGUCCUCGGAAUCAUUGGAAAUAUUUUAAUUAUCUAUGUUCUCUUUAACGAGAAUUUCAAGGAAUCGAUAUUCACAUACUUGAGAGUUUUUGCCGCCUCCGAUCUCGUCACUUGUUCCAUGCUCGUGUUUUCCGGUUUAGCAAGAGGUGUCUUUUGGUGUAAAAACGGAUGGUUGGAGUUUGACGCGUUUGUCUAUUUACCUGUUGCCUCCGUUUCAUCCAACAUCACAGUUUGGGCCACCAUGUGUGUCACUGUCGACAGGCUGGCCAUUGUUUUUAGCAUGCCAAGGUGCAGACCACCAAAGUUUUGCGAUUAUAGAACGGCGAGAAAAUUGAUGAUUUUCUCCAGUUGUCUCGCCAUUUUGCUUAACGUACCGUAUUGUUUGAUUUACACCUACAACGCACAAGGAGAUUUGGUUACAACGAGUUUCUUUCAUUCGUGGUUGUACAAUCUUCAAAACUGGUUACAAUUCGUAUUGCAUGGUUUGAUACCCACUGUUCUCUUGUUGGUGGCGAAUAUAAUCAUGUGUCAUUCAAUCAGAAAAAUCUUGAAACGAAGGCAAUUGGUGUUGCGGUACAAAAAUAUACGGGAAGGAAAUCGUCUGAAGAAUCAGGCACGAAUGAACGUGAUGAUGGUUGGCAUCGUGUUCGUAUUCCUUGUCGGCGAGGUGCCAACUCAUUUGGCAUCACGACUCAGUGCUUUGACGCUUCUUUAUGGUGGAGAUCCGACAAAAGUCUCUGAAUAUUAUAUGGAGACAUUUCGCAUGUACGCUACUCUUUUGAACGCGAUAUCGAGUUCGGCCAAUUUUGUGCUCUACUGUUUGCUAAGCCAACGUUUUCAUUCACAUUUGAAGCAUCUUCUGACUGGCAAAACUAGGCAGGGAAGCAAUAACAUCAAAAGCCACGUUUCAUACGUGGUACGAGUCGAGUCCAGUGAUAUCGAAAUAAAUAACUUUGAAUGUACUAACGUUAAAUAUUUCUAACUUUUUAUCAUUAUUAUUUUUUAUUGCUAUAUUUUAUUCUAUCUCACAUUUCUUAAAAAUAAAAAUUAUUUUAUAUUCAUACUAGAAUACAUCUGAUUAGUAAUUUUUUAAUGAUAUAUCAAAUAUCUAUGAAUAUAUGUAUCAAUCUAUAUCUAUAUUAGAAUGAAAUGAAAAAAUUAAAAUUGUACAAUUAUUUUUUAAUUGCGAGGAAAAUCUUGAUCUUCUACAUAAAAGUAUAUUACUUUUUCAAAUUUAAUUCAAAUUUAUUUGAAAUUAUUUACACAUAAAUCCCAGAAUAAAGAAAAUUUAUAAAAUUAAUGAAAAUUAUUUUUAAUUGGUUUAUAACUCUUUGAAAAAUUUAUAGAUCAAAUUCCAAUUU